AUGGCGGACAAGGUGUUUCCUUACCUCGAUCUCGUCAUCGCCUUCAUCGCGGCCUCCUUCGCCUUCGAGACUCUCCUCGACCUGCGCCAGUUCGCCGCCCUACUGCGCCCAUCGCUCCCCCCCGCGUUGGAGGGCGUGGUGAGCCACGACAAGUUCCUCAAGGCGCGCGCAUACAGCCUCGACCGUGCCCGCCUGGGGUUCGUGCGGGGUGCAGUGGACUUCUGUGUGGAGCUGCUGAUGCUCAAGCUCUUCGUGCUGCCGUGGCUGUGGGAGCGCUGUGCGUUGGACUACCAGCUGCCGUGGCUAUGGGGUAUCAACGGGCACAACGAGAUCGAACACUCCAUCCUCUUCCUCUUCGCCUCCUCGCUCAUCUCCCAGGUGGUAGAUCUGCCGUUUGCCCUCUUCUCCACCUUUGUCAUUGAGCAGAGGCAUGGCUUCAACAAGCAAACCCUACUGGGAUUCAUCAAGGAUCGCAUCCUUGGCAUUCUGCUCAUGGUGGUCAUUCUGCCACCCGUGCUGGCAGCGUGCAUUCGCAUCGUGCAGGUGGGGGGCAACCUAGUGGCGGUGUACCUCUGGCUCUUCAUGCUUACCUUCUCUCUCUUCAUGCUCACCAUCUACCCCGUCGCCAUCGCCCCACUCUUCAACAAGUUCACACCUCUUGAAGCCGGGACACUGAGGAGCAAGAUAGAGGGUCUUGCAGGUUCACUCAGCUACCCACUCAAAAAGAUCUUCGUGAUGGACGGCUCACAGCGAUCCGCACACAGCAAUGCCUAUCUGUACGGCUUCUUCAAGAACAAGCGCAUCGUGCUCUAUGACACGCUGCUGUCGCAUUGCAAGGACGACGAGGAGGAGGUGGUGGCAGUGAUCGCUCACGAGCUGGGCCACUGGAAGCUGGGCCACACCAUCCGAUUCUUCCUGCUCUCGCAGGCCUUGAUGCUCAUCCAGUGUUCCGGGUUCAUCUUUGUGCGAUCGCAGCCCGACAUCUUCCGCUCCUUUGGCUUUAAGGAGGAGCCAGUCAUCAUUGCCAUCCUCUUGUUCCAGCACCUGUCCACGCCUGUCUCUCACCUGCUUGACUUUGGCCUCAACAUCAUCAGCCGAACAUUCGAGUACCAGGCGGAUGCAUUUGCAGUGAAGAUGGGGUAUGCACCGAAGCUGCGAUCGGGGCUCAUCAAGAUGCAGGAGGAGAACCUAUCAGCAAUGAACACGGACCCGUGGUACUCCGCAUACCACCACUCGCACCCGUGCUUGCCCGAACGGCUUUCCACCAUUGAUGCCGAGGCCAAGAGGGUGGGCAAGAAGGAAGACUCUCCUUGCGGAUGUGCUUCUAGCUGUGCUUGCUAUGGCAUCACACUGUCCCUGCACCUGUCUGUGCAACUGACCACGACCCCAAUCACCUAUCCACCAUCCCCACACCUCCCUGCACCAACUCUUUGGCACUGCCCUCACAACAACUCUCCUCAUCCGUUUUCCUGCCUCACUCCUUGCUCUCAUCCUUCCCACUUCUCUUCCUGCUGGUCCUGCCGGGGGCAUGUGAGCUUGUGGGAGGGCCAGUGCACCUUUUGGCACUCUCUGCUGAAAUACGCCACCCUGCCACACCCAGAGCAGUUCUUGAACUUCACACCACCGCCCUCCACCAUUUUACACCCCGCAGCACCGCACACACAGACCCCACAAGCAACAGGGUCAGAGCCAAGUGUGACAACAGCACUGCAGGCACGGCCUUGCAUGUCUGGAACAGCAGCAGCACGGAUGCUCUUUGCAGCAGGGUUGGGAGAGACGGCAGGGGUGGCAGCGGGGUUGGGAGGGAUGGCAGGCAUGGCUGCAGGGUUGGGAGAGGCAGAAGACCAAGAAGACAAAGCAGCAGCAGGGAUGGAAAGGGCAGCACAGGAGGCAGGACAGUAG